AUCAGAUUAUCAGAAGCCUUCACAAUAGUAACAACUGUUAACUCAAUAUUCCGACAAUGGUUGCUAAGUUUGUCGUCCUGUUCGCCCUUGCGGCUGUGUGUGCUGCGGAUUACUCCCAGUUCUCCUACGGUGUAGCGGACCCCUACACCGGCGACUACAAGAGCCAGAUCGAGACCCGCGCCGGAGACAGGGUCCGUGGCCAGUACUCCCUGCUCGAUGCCGACGGCACACGCAGGACUGUCGACUACGCUGCCGGUGCUGAGGGCUUCAACGCUAACGUCAGGAAGGACCCCGCUCUCAUCCCCGCCGCUCCCCUUGCUUACGCCGCAUCUGCCUACCCAUACGGAUACGGAUACGGAUACCCUUACGGAUACAACGCAGCUUACGGAUACAACAAUCUCGCUUACGGAUACGGCGCCGCUGCAUACGCUGGCCCCUACGCUUUCAGACGAUUCUACUGAACGAACGGAUUGUAAUAAAUUAUGACUGUAGAUAAUGAUGUUUAAAUAUAAAUGAUUUAAAACUUA